CUUUCUGUUUCAUGCAGGCCUGCCCCCGUUCUUCCCACUGAGAGGAAGUGAUGUCACGUCACCACCACCGCUUUGAGAGGGACUACCGGGGACCCUGGGAUCGGAGAGACAUCCGUCCCUCCGGCCUUCACAAUGGAGGAGCCAACCAUAGCUGUGCCUCUGCCGUCGUCAAUGGCAACAACCGUCCGGGGCUGCUUCCCCUCCCAGUUAUCCCCUCCCUCCUACCCACCCCGGUUACAGUUGCCGUGACAACGUCGAGCUGUGACCUAGUGGUCAAGCGAGGCAUCCCGGCAGCAGGAUCAGUGGCUCCAGCAUCGGCAAAGCUCUCUGGACUGUCCCCUGGAGACAACCAGACCCCAGGACUGCUGCUGGCUCCAGGAGUCAGGUGGGGACAGAUGCCUAUCAACCAGCUCACGCCCUGGGAUACAGACGAACCUCCUGCCAAGCAACACAGAGAUGGUGAGCCCACAGGUCCAGCCUGGGCUACACCAGUAGCUGCUGUGAGCCAGCAGAGUCUCCUUCCCCAUUCUUAUGGCCUCCCUCAACCUCCGUCCUUUAGCCACAGUGUGACCGUCCAGUCACCCCUCUUAGGGGUAACCCCUUCGAUCCAGACACCGGGGGCUCCACAGCAUCCCCUCAUGACCACCCACUUCCAGCUCACGCCACAGUCAACUCAGCAGGGGCCCUCCUUGGUGCUGAGCAUGCCCAGUCAGCCUCCAUAUCCUGCAGCUCAGCCCAGAGUUACGCCAUCCGGCCUCGCUGCCCAAGCCAACCAGGUGGUUCAUCCAAACCCUCACAGCAUGAUGGGCAACGGCCACUUAACCUCUCACUCCAGCCUCCUCCAGCCCCCUUCUCUGCCUCUCACCAAUGGACAGGCUGCAGUGCAUGCUCAGAAUACAGCUGCAGACAAUCAGGACAGCCCCAAUGGGUUGCAAAUGUUGCGGACAGUCGGGAGUGGGAAGUACGAGUUCAGUGACCCGGGACACCCCAAAGAGAUGUUGAAGGAGUUGAACCAACAGCGCAGAACGAAAGAGUUUACAGACCUGAAAAUUAUUGUUGAAGGCAAAGAGUUUGAAGUCCACCAAAAUGUUCUAGCUUCCUGCAGCUUGUAUUUCAAGGACCUGGUGAAAAGGUGUGUGAAGACGUUGGUUCCUAGCACAGGGCCAGCAGCCAUUCCUUCCUCCACCCACUCAAAUGAAUGUAUCCCAAACUGGAGAAAAAGGUCGUCAGGGGAGACGAAGAGUGGGGAGAUGCUGGAGCUCAACAUGAGCAACAUCGGCGCCGAUGUGCUGGAGCUCCUGCUCGAGUUUGUCUACACAGGAUCGCUGGUUAUUGACUCAGCUAACGCCAAGACACUACUGGAGGCUGCCAACAAGUUUCAGUUCAACACCUUCUGCAAAGUCUGUGUCUCCUUCCUUGAGAAACAGUUGACUGCUGCUAACUGUCUGGGAGUUCUAGCCAUGGCUGAAGCCAUGAGUUGCACUGAGCUCCAUAACAUGGCCAAAGCGUUUGCUCUUCAGAACUUCCCUGAGGUGGCAGGUCAGGAGGAGAUUUUAAGCGUGUCCAAAGAGGACUUGGUGGCAUAUCUGUCCAACGACAGCCUGAACACAAAGGCAGAGGAGCUGGUCUAUGAGACUGUCAUCAAGUGGAUCAAACAAGACCCCCCUUCAAGAGUUCAGCAUCUGUCCGAGCUGUUGGCAGUGGUUCGUCUUCCCUUCAUCCAUCCGUCCUACCUGCUCAAUGUAGUGGAUAACGAGGAGCUGAUCAAAUCCUCGGAGGCGUGUCGGGAUCUUGUCAACGAAGCCAAACGUUACCACAUGCUGCCCCACGCACGGCAAGAAAUGCAGACCCCCAGGACCCGACCAAGACUUUCUGCAGGUGUAGCGGAGGUCAUAGUUCUGGUGGGAGGGCGUCAGGCCAUUGGGAUGAACCAGCGCUCCCUGACAGUAGUCACAUGUUUUAACCCCCAGAACAGUAAGUGGUACCCGCUGGCCAGCCUGCCCUUUUAUGACCGUGAGUUCUUCAGUGUCAUCUCAGCGGGGGACAACAUCUACCUGUCAGGUGGCACAGAAUCAGGGGUGAUGGUGGCUGACGUAUGGUGCUACAUGUCGCUGUUGGACAACUGGAAUCUGGUGUCCCGGAUGACUGUGGCUCGUUGCAGACACAACAGCCUGGUGUACGAUGGGAAACUGUACACCAUAGGAGGACUUGGCAUGUCUGGGAACCUGGAUCAUGUAGAGAGGUACGAUACGAUCACCAACACAUGGGAGACGGUUUCUCCUCUUCCUAAGCCGGUCCAUUCGGCGGCUGCCACUGUGUGCGGAGGGAAGAUCUACGUUUUUGGGGGUGUGAACGAGGCUGGGCGAUCGGCAGGUGUCCUCCAGUCCUACGUACCGCAGACGAACGCCUGGAGCUUCAUUGAAUCACCCAUGAUAGAUAACAAAUACGCCCCUGCUGUGAGUCUAAACGGUUUUAUAUUCAUUCUGGGAGGAGCCUACGCUCGAGCUACCACUAUCUAUGACCCAGACAAAGGCAACAUCAAGGCUGGACCCAACAUGAAUCACUCUCGGCAGUUCUGCAGUGCCGUCGUCCUGGAUGGUAAGAUCUACGCCACAGGAGGCAUCGUGAGCAGCGAGGGUCCAGCCCUGGGCAACAUGGAGACCUUUGACCCUAGCACCAACACAUGGACGCUCCUGCAGUCACUGCCCUGCCCGCUCUUCAGACACGGCUGCGUGGUCAUUAAGAAGUACAUCCAGAGCGGCUGACGGUAGCUCGGACUGGAUCGUGCCGGGUCGCAGCCAAACUCCCCAUGUGGGACGAUGAUGUGUGACGGCCACUCAGAGGAAGGGGCCGACCGAUCAGCAUCGAUCCACACGGCUAACCCUGCAAACUCACCCCUCACCCAUGGAACAAAACCCUGUGCAGAAUGUACUCAUGUUCUACAUGCUACUUAGCCAUGCCAGGUGACGAUGCCUAACCUCGAGUGCUGUACGUGUCAUGGUAGUAGUUCAUCCUCUCAUCCAACAGGCACAGGGGCCCUCUUAGUAACUUCUAAGCUUUUGGUUUAUUUAAGUGAGGUUGUCUUUUUAGUUAGUCUCUUCCAGAUCGUUAUGAGUCCAUCACCUCAGUGAAAUCCAUUGCAGGUCCAUGCUUUUGUCAUAUCGGGUGUUCGCCAGGUUUAGGUUUAGACGUAAUGAUAUUUAUAUGAGAAGAGGAAGCAUGGAGGAGCCGAGCAGCACUGCUUUCCUCCUCGUCGACUGAUCGGAGGAGCUUCUUCUCUCCACUGUGUCAGAAAGCCAAAUUAAUCGUGUGAAUUUAUGAGGUAGCUGCAGAACCAGAUUGUGAACUCCCUGUGACCCAGUUUUUAUUUUAAGGAAUCAUUAAACUUAGAAGAUGAUCAAAUCUGGGUCAUAUAGAGUUCACUGUGAGAAAAAUUGAAAAUGUUGAGAUUUCAAGAUUGGGGCUGGAGUUGCACAACAACAAAGGAAAAAUAAUCCGAAGCCUUCCCUCUUCUGCCUUUACUUUCUGGGACAAAGCUUACAUUACAGACAGAGGGAUUCCUCUUCCUGUCAUCGUCUGAUCUGAUACUGAAGGGGGAAAAAAAGCACAAUAUUCACCUGUGACUGUUACCAUAGAUGUUAUCUGUUAAUCCAUGGGUUCUUUCGUCUUUCAUCUGCCCCCCCGCCCUAUUUUCUGAUUUAUACAGUGUGUUUUAUCUCAGCCCACAAAUGAUGCUGGGCUGGUAUUCUGUAAAUACAGGAAGGAAAUAUGUAUAUUUUACAACCUGAAAGCAAUUCUGUAUAAAUGUUUUUAGAAAAAAAACAAAAAAGACUCAUAGGCUGGAUUCAACAUAUGUCUGUAAAUCUGUACCCAAAAAGAAGCAACUAACAAUCGUUAUUAUUAAACCCUACUACAUAUACAGGAACGUGGA